AUGUUCUCAUAUCAAGCGUCGCGCUCCUUACUUGGAGUGGGCAAGCGCCUCCAGGUGCCCGUGCCAUUCCGCUCUCUAUCAUCUUCAACCCAGACUCCGCCGGAGCAAAAGAAGACACCCGUUGCAGACCAAACACCAACCCCUACACCAGCUGAUCCCGUGGAAGCCUCACCCAAACAAGCCACCCCUGCGGCCCCCUUUAACGCAGCCCCUGCCGCUACUACACCUGCGGUUGACACUGCGACAUCAACCACAGAUAUCAAAUCAUCCGAACCACGGGUCAAGGAAUGGGCUGAACGGUUAGGAGCAUUCGGCGAAGAAAACCGACUGCCACGAAGUGUGCAAGCGAUAUACCUACGGCCACUCCGGAGGAAGGCAGAGCAUGGUCUUCCCGUCUGCGAUCUUCAAUUGCGAUCCUACAGUGUCCGCAACGUCGAGUUCUUCGCAGACUUCGCUAUCCGUGCCGCUUACUACCUCAACCUCCCCGUAUCCGGACCUGUGCCUCUUCCUCGCAUCACUGAACGCUGGACUGUACCCCGAAGCAACUUCGUGCACAAGAAGAGCCAGGAGAACUUUGAAAGAAUCACCCUUCGCCGACUGAUCCAGAUCAAGGAUGGAAACCCGCAAGCCGUGCAAGCGUGGCUUGCUUUCCUCCGCAAGCACGCGUUCUACGGUGUCGGUAUGAAGGCAAACGUAUGGGAGACCGAGAGUCUUGAUGCUGCCAAGGACAUGGACACCUCUCUCUCCGAAGUCGAAGAGUCUCUUCGUCCUCACCUCGCACAAUUCGGUCAGCGGAAGGACAACUCCGCCCCGGGCACAAUAUUCGACACACUGAACAGCGAGCGGUUCACAGAGCGCAAGAACGUAUAG